GUAUAUUUAACUAAAUAAAUAAAUAAAGACUAUUGUUUUUUGGAGUCAACGACUCUAUUCCUUCACUAAGAAUUGUUUUGAAGAAAAUUGAGUAGGUGGUGGUGAUGAUCCAGAGGCAGAACUGAAGCCCAAAGAAAAUUCGCCGGAGGAAGUUGUGGUAGUAAUAGCAUCAUGGGACACUUUGGGGGACCGAAGCUGAUGAGGUUUUUUCGGUACAAAAGUUCUAAAAGUGUUGGUCAAACAUCGACUACAACUCAGAGUGUGAUUGUGAGAGUCAGCACAGAGAGUUCCUCUGAUUUCUUGUGGUCUCAAUCUUUAAAGGACAUAUUUGAUGAUAUUCUGAAUCUCCUACAAGAAGAUAAUGACCACAAAAUUGGACUUACGGGAAUUGGUGGAUGUGGUAAGACAGCCUUGGCCAAACAAGUAGCUAAGACAGCAAUGCAAAUGAAGCUCUUUGAUGUGGUUGUAUUUCUCUAUGUAUCUAUCAGCCCAGAUAUCAGACGUUUGCAGGGUCAAACUGCAGACAUGUUAGGUUUGAAACUGGUCGAAGAAGAUGAAGCAUCAAGAGCAGAGCGAAUACGGCAGAGAAUAAAAUACAGCGAACGUGUACUUGUAGUUGUGGAUGAUAUUUGGAAGCAAAUGAACCUGGAGGAAAUAGGUAUCCCUUAUAAUGUUAAAUUCAUCUUCACUUCUCGUGCACAUGAUUUAUGUUUGUCCAUGGGAUGUCAAAACAUCUUCCAACUGAAUGCUUUUAGUGAAGAUGAAGCUUGGAAGUCGUUCAAGAUGCUUGCAGGUAUAAACAAUGCCUCAACCCAUCUGUUUCAUUUGGGAAAGGAAAUUGUGAAGGAAUGUAAGGGGUUGCCCCUUGCAAUUAAUGUUGUUGCUAAGGCUUUAAGAGGUAAGGACAUUGAUGAAUGGAAGGCGGUGUUACAAAGUAUGAAAGCAUCUAACAGUCCCCAGGAAGAGUAUAUAAAAGAUGAUAUUUAUUCAACUCUCAAAUUAAGCUAUUCUAAUUUAAAAAGCAAUCAAGCCAAGUUGCUGUUUUUGGUGUGUUGUCUGUUUCCUGAAGAUUAUCAAAUUCACAUGCGAGAUCUUGUCAAUAUUGCAAUACGAAUGGACCUAUGUGGUAGCCAAGACAACAAUGACCGUGUGAAAAGCAUGGUUCAGGUGUCUGUCAAUAAACUCAUAGACUGUUGUUUGCUUAUGCCUUCUGAUACACGAGACUGUGUGAGGGUGCAUGAUCUGCUUCGUGAUUUCGGGCAGCACAUUGGAUAUGCGGAGAAUCCAGUUACAAUGGCAAAAUAUGCAGAUUGUGUAAAAGAGUUGGUUAAUAACAAUAAACUUCACGAGGACUUUGAAAGUGAUGCUGAUGCAGAUGGAAAUGAUUUUUCGCCAAGUGAUGUUCAAUUUCAAGACAGGACUAGUCUACAUAUGACACAGACAGAAUCUCAUACUGUUGUUGUAGAGGAUCAUUUCCCAGUUGCUGAGGGAACCUUGAAUCCUGGAGAACCAAUUACCAUUCCAAAACCUUCAGGAAAUAUGGUGGAUUUUGGUGGCUUGUGCUCGGUGGAUGAAUCCUUCUUGCCUCUCCUAGAGGAGGCAUGUGCAAGGACACCCCACUUAAUGAAACUUCACGAAGGGCACUCUUUGAUAUUUUGGCAAUGUGCUUUUAAUUGCUUAGGAAUGGUUCUGUUUCUGAUGAAGAAUGUUACCAUUAAGGACAUGGUGCAAUGUGUGGAUGAAUUACAAAAGUAUUGGGAAGAUUUGAAGUUUAUGAAGCUGGAUUUAGAAUGGUUAAGUCCAGCAGUUGAAAGAGCCUUGUCUUCAACAAUUCUUUUGAAAGAGGCGUAUAGAAUUGGAGACCUCCAAGAGCAAGUCAACAACUGGUCAGCACAAGCAACCAAGUUGCGUGUGGAACUCAGUGUGCUUGAGGAUAAAGUUGCAGCUGCACAGAGAGAAAUUGUUCUUAUACAGGACAAAUUAAAUAACCUUGGAAUAAGCGAUGUUUCUAACUUUUUUAUGUAGAUGUUAUAGUUUACAUGUAAUGUUGUUAUGAUGGUGUGUUUGAAAUGUUCCAAGGGAUACUACUUACGAAUUCAAUAAAUGGAAAGUUCUGCUUCUC